CUGAGAAAAACAGGUUUGGAAAAGCGGAAUAAGGGAAAUCCGUUGGAAGCCGGUGUGGACUAAUCCCGGAAUUCUCAUCGUCUGUGAAUAGCUGAAAAAAUAAGAGAUCCUUUCGUUGCUAUGAUAAAAAUAGUUUUUUUCCUGCGAUAUUAUUAGAAGAAAACUCACCAAACUACAAGGGUAUAACUUGGGCUACGGAGAAACCAGUAGCAACAAUUGAAUUUCCGGAGGAAGUGGUAAUUAACUUUCUAAAACGCAAAUCAGUAAAAUAACGCAAAAAAUGGCCGAUAAACUCACAGAGGGGCAGAUUUCUGACUUCAAGGAAGCGUUUAAGCUGUUCGACAAGGACGGUGACGGCACUAUCACAACAAUGGAGCUGGGAGCCGUGAUGCGAUCGCUAGGUCAGCGACCCACGGAAGCAGAACUUCAAGACAUCAUACUGGAAAUCGACGCGGAUGGCAACGGAACGGUUGAUUUCUCCGAGUUUCUCACCUUGAUGGCUAGAACAAUCCGAGAUGACUAUACCGAGGAAGAAAUCCGGGAGGCAUUCCGAGUGUUCGACAAGGAUGGCAAUGGCUACAUUACGGCAGCUGAGCUGCGUUAUGUCAUGGACAUGGUCGGCGAGAAGCUAACGGAGGAGGAGGCGGAAGAGAUGAUCCGAGAAGCCGAUGAUGAUGGUGAUGGACAUAUUAAUUAUGAAGAAUUCGUAGUAUUGAUGAGAUGGAAGUGAGA